AUGCCUCUCGUCCUCACUCGCCCCGAGCAAUUGCACGUCGUCUUCAAAGACUCCGACAAGCACACCAAGGCCACGAACAGCAACUCGGGAUACUUCAUGAGCCGUAUCCUAGGCAAAUGUCUCGGUCUCAUGGCCGGUCAACGCUGGAAACUCCUACGAGGCAUCGCUGCUCCUCCUUUCACACACCCCGCCGCCAUUAAAUCCAUCAGUCGCAUUCAGCGCCAUGUCCGCGAGCAUUUCGACGACCUCGAAACCCAAGGCGACCUGCGUCACGGUCGCAUCCACCCGGUCCAGGACCUCAAAAUGCUGCCCUUCUUCAUCGUCGGCGAAGCCAACUACGGCUCUCUCACGCCCGAGAUGAAAGCCGAGCUGACGAAUCUCGCUCCGGCGCGUGAGAACCUGAUGAAAUUCGUCGUUUUCGGAGGCCUUGCUCGCUUUGGUAUCUCGCGCUUCUUUCCCACGGAAGCGAAUCGCCAACUCAACAGUUUCCGGUCUCAAUGGAAGACUUUCAAUCACAGAGCUUACGAGCGGGCCCGCGAAAAGCAUCCUUCCGCGCUAGUCGUGCAGAUGUACGACGCCGUCGCCAAAGGCUCGCUCACUGAGGAAGAAGUCCAACAGACCAUGGACGAAACCCUCUACGCAAAUCUCGAUGUAACGACGGGCGGAUUAUCGUGGAAUCUCGUAUUCCUCGCCUCGAACCCGACCUGCCAGGCUCGCUUAUACGAGGAGAUUUCCGCGAUCUCCACCCAAGAGGAAGAAGAGGCCUACAUCUCCCGGUCCGGCACGUACCUGGCCGCCUGCAUCCUCGAGUCCUCCCGUCUCCGACCCGUCACGCCCUUCUCGAUCCCGCAGUCCGCGCCCACGGAGCGUCUCGUCGACGGAUACAAGGUCCCCGGAGGCACGAAUUACGUGGUGGAUAGCUGGGGACUGAAUUUGCGGAACGAGUUCUGGGCGCCCGACAGUAGCGCCUACCGACCAGAGCGGUUCGUGGGACGGUCGCCGACGGAGCUGCGGUAUCAUUUUUGGCGGUUUGGAUUUGGGCCGCGACAGUGCAUUGGCAAGUACACGGCGGAUGUGGUCAUUCGCACGAUCUUGCUGCAUGUGGUGCGUACUUACGAGCUGAAGUUGCUAGAGGAGGGCAAUUGGGCGCAGGACCCCGAGUGCUGGAUUACGCACCCGGACCUGCAGGUGAGAUGUGUGAAGAGAAAUUAA